AUGCCAUGUGAACCGUGGCAUCGUCCCAUGUCAGGCGUUGUUUGCAAUCACCUGCAACACAUUCGAGCACCCAUGCCCCGGAUCCUCAGUGCACUCUGUGGAGUCGAUGUUUCAAAUCCUGUGUUGGCUCUCAAAAGCUCUGUGUACUUAUGCCUGACUGUCAUCCUGCGACUGCAGCUGAAGUAUUUCCUUUCCUGUUGCCGACUGAUGAUUGUCACGCUGCACCUCAUGCAGGGCAAUGGCCUGAUACCAGCGGAUAUGGACACGUUUGAUUUCCUUUGCGCGACAAUGGGAUGCCUCAACCUGCACCUGACGGCCAAGGCGCAGGCUAUCAAGCUCUGCCCCAUGCAAGUUAAUCGCGGCCUGAGGGACGUGCCUCACGUUACUCUGUACUACGGCUGUGCCAGCCGACACUCUGAACCAGGCAUUUUGCAUCACAACGUGAUCCAGACAGGCGUGGAACUACGGGGCCCGACAAGAACUUUGAGCACAUGCAGUUUGAGGUUGGCAACAUGGUUGUGA